UUGGUGGCCAGCAGUCGGCAAGGCGCCUGGCGCAACGCUGGCCGGGAUUCUCUGUUCCCAGACAAUGGCUGUUCAGCGGAAUUUUGCACGCAGGUAGCAUCGCCGGCGUCUAAGCGGCGUACCUGUUGCCGCGACCAGAUUAUGGCCGGGUGGGCCAUAAAACAGGUAACAGCCGGGCUGCUUGAGUGGGCGACGUUCCUGGAAAACCCGUGGAAAACACGCUGGCUGAAUGAAUAUACAUAUGUAUAUAUCUGAAUGUAUCGCCUCAGUUGAUAGCUUUCCGUCCAGGCGAACAGGUCGCUAUGCAGAUGCACAUGAAGUUCUCACAUGGCUAUGGCUACGAGCCAAUCAGGAGGCCACCUCCGCCGCCUCCGAAUCCGUCACAACAGCAGUUGUCCAGCAAUGACUCCGAUGCCUGCUUCCGACGGGGAUCCUACAUUGAGCUGGCCAGCGGUGCCAUGCGUCGCGUGGAGGACAUACGCACAGAGGACUUCAUCCAGUCGGCGCUGCGCAGCCAGCUCUUUGAGCUGCGGGAGGCCACUGUGGUCCGGAUCAACCGGGCAGUGUCCCCCAGCCACGUGACCAUCACCUUCAGCUAUGACACACAGCAUGCCAAGUUGGACUUGGAGGUGCUGCCGGGCCAUCCGAUGUUUGUUUAUGGACAGGGCUGGGCCUCCUGUGAUCCCCGGUUGUCGCUGCAGCUGUACGAGCUCAAGUGCCAGCAGCUGCAGGUGGGCGACAUCUGUUUGUCACUGGUGCCCCGCGAGCACCCGGUUGCUCCUCCUCCUCCGCCGCCGCCACAACCAUGUCAUCGUCCUCCUCCUCCGCCGGUGGAAUUUCCAGCUCCAAUGGCUUCUCCGCCCGCCGGAGCCUGUGCACCGCCGGCGUUCAAGCAUCCCUACCAGGUGUACGCCCAGAUGGCCAGUUUUGUGGCCGUCUACACCCAGCAUAUGAUAGAGAAGUUAAACCACCAAGCAAAUUAACUCAUAUUCUUAUAUAUUCAAGUCGUUUUAUGGAUAUUUUCAGCGCUAUCCCCAGAAAACGUCGCACAC